GGGAGGGCUGAGGCAGGAAGCUGUUUCUCUCAGCUGUUCCACCCAUGUAACUUAAAGCAGGAAAGGACAGGAAACCUUAUUUAUCCUGCCGACAAAAGAAAAUGCAGUUUGGAAAAGUGUUGUUAAGGGUAUGACAAGUAUCCAUUUCAGAAGUGAAGAAGUGAUGGAUUCAAGCAUCCUAUAUCCAGCUGUCUCAAGGGUGGUAGUCUUUGGAGGUACACAUGGAAAUGAGAUGUCAGGUGUCACAUUAGCUAAACAUUGGCUCACGAACCCGUCUGAACUACAUAGGAAAACGUUUACGGUUGAGCCUUGCCUAGCUAAUCCACAAGCUGUACAGAAAUGUGUCCGGUUUAUAGACAAGGACCUCAAUCGAUGUUUUUCAAAGGAAUUACUAAACUCACCAGUAGCUGAAAGUGAUCCAUAUGAGGUGAAAAGGGCAAGAGAAAUUUAUCAGAAAUAUGGAAAUGGAUCAUCCUCUAUGGAUUUUGUUUUUGACUUACACAAUACCACUUCCAACAUGGGAGCCACACUGCUGCGCUGUUCAAGGGAUGAUGUCUUGUCACUGCACUUAGCAAACUACUUACAGAGCAGCACUGGGGAUCAAUCUAUGCCAUGCUACAACUACCUCGUUGACAUACCAGAGAAGCAAAAUGUAUACCUGCAGAAUAUAGGAAAACAUUCACUGACUUUAGAGCUUGGGCCACAGCCUCAAGGAGUGAUCAGGGCAGAUGUGCUAUCUAGGAUGAGAGAGCUUGUGAACUGCGGCUUGGAUUUCAUUGAUCUUUUUAAUCAGGGUAAGGAGUUUCCAAGUUUUGAAGUGGAUAUAUACAGAGUUUUGUCUUCAGUGGAUUAUCCACGAGAUUCUAUGGGGGAUAUAGGAGCUAUCAUCCACCCUGAGCUGCAGGACAAAGACUAUUUUCCUGUGCAGCCUGGAGAUCCAAUCUUCAAGACGUUGAGUGGAGAAAAUGUCUUCUAUGAGGGGGAGAAAAUCGUCUACCCAUCAUUCAUCAAUGAGGCAGCGUAUUAUGAGAAAAAAGUAGCAUUCAUAUUGACCGAUAAAAUACAUUGUAAUGUCCCUGCAUUGAAAGUGGAACCUCAGGCAGGUCAUCUUGGAUCUCAAAAAUAAGUGCCAUUCUUUCCUUAGAGGCCUACAUGCAAUAGUAAUGUAAUCUCAGAUUUAUUUUGUCCUGUUCUAUCCAAAAAUGAAAUAUUAAAAGCUUUAAUCAUGUAUCAAAUAGAAUAA